AUGCCGCCACCACGACUCUCCGCUGCAUUGUUGCGCACGCGACCACAAGCGCGACUGCAAUGCCUCCGUCGCACAGUCCUUACUGCGCGACCUGCCUCGACACAACCUGGACAGUCUGACCAGCCUACCGUUCCAUGGAAGACACCGCACAGCAUUGAAGCAUGGCCGCCAGCAUAUCUAAUUCCUCCUCCAAAAGAUGGCGAGGUCUUGCUAGAGCGCAAGCCUAAUCGCGCACUGCCACCUAUCCCCCCUCUCAUCUCCCCGCAAGUCCUGAAAACCUUACCAAUCUUCGUCAUCGCCAUGACAGUCUCCAUUCUUGUCUUCUUCAACUAUCAAAAGCAAGAGUCUUCUGUCGUGACAUCGACGCUAUACGCCCUCCGCACGAAUCCGCUCGUGCGCGAAGAACUCGGCGACGAGAUCUACUUCGCGUCCAAAUACCCGUGGAUCAGUGGCGAGAUCAACCAGGUGCACGGAAGGAUUGACAUCAGCUUCAAUGUCAAGGGAACAAAGAGGCAGGGCAACGUUAGGCUCAGGUGUAAGAGAAGAGGCAGGGGUGGAUUGUACAGCACGCAGGAAUGGAGUUUGACAAUGGAAGAUGGCAGGAAGUUUGAGCUGUACGAUCCUAAGGGAGAUGCCAUUGACCCAUUCCAAAUGCCGGUUGAUGAGGAUUAA